AUGUUUUAUAAAUAUAAUCAAUGGGAUCCAAAAUUAAUUAUUGGACAAAUAAUAUCUGUACAGUGUCUUUAUUAUAUAACGUUAGCAGCAGUUUUAUAUAUAUUGGAUUCGGUAUUUACAUCCUCAACAUUAACAUUGGACCAAAUGUUUAGGUAUCAAAUGUUAAAUGCGCAUUCUAACGAAGGAAGGGUGGUUUUAAGUUCAUUUAUAAUAAAUUCAUUUUUAGGAUCAUUUUUUUUAAAAUAUAUAGUUGAAAGAUCAAAGAAAUGUUUAGAUCAUUCAGCAACAGUAACAUUUAUACAUUUUGUAGUUGUUUGGUUAGUUUCAGGAUUUCCAAAAAGUAUUGCAUGGUGGGCAACUCAUUUAGUUGGUAUGGUUUUAAUGGCAAUGGUUGGCGAAUAUUUAUGUAUGAGAAAGGAAUUAAUGGAUAUACCUUUAUCAAGAGGCAAAGAGGUAGAUUCAACACCAAUAGUAAUACCUCCAUCACCACAUACAAAUUCACCAAUUUUAAAUUCAAAAAAUAAUGGAGGUGGUAUUAAUCUCACCAAUAAUAAUAAUAGCAGUUCAAAUAAAUAUCAACCAAUAGAGCUUGAAAUUAUCGAGCAAGGAAAAGAAGACUAA